AUGACAAGAGCAGUUGGUAUUGAUUUGGGUACUACAUACUCCUGUGUUGCACACUUCCAAAAUGACCGUGUUGAGAUCAUUGCCAAUGAUCAAGGUAACAGAACUACCCCAUCUUAUGUUGCAUUCACCGAUACUGAAAGAUUGAUUGGUGAUUCUGCUAAGAACCAAGCCGCUAUCAACCCAAGAAAUACCGUUUUUGACGCUAAGCGUCUAAUCGGUAGAAAAUUCGAAGAUCCAGAAGUGGUGAAUGACGCUAAGCAUUUCCCAUUUCAAGUGAUUGAAAAGGAUGGUAAGCCACACAUCAAGGUUGAAUACAAGGGUGAGGAAAAGACCUUCACUCCAGAAGAGAUUUCUUCUAUGGUUCUAGGUAAAAUGAAGGAAACCGCUGAAAACUAUUUGGGUGGUGAAGUCAAGGAUGCUGUGGUUACUGUCCCAGCAUACUUCAAUGAUUCUCAAAGACAAGCUACUAAGGAUGCUGGUGUUAUCGCUGGUAUGAACGUCUUGCGUAUCAUCAACGAACCAACCGCAGCCGCUAUUGCUUACGGUUUGGACAAGAAACAUGUUGGAGAACAGAACAUUUUGAUCUUCGACUUGGGUGGUGGUACAUUCGAUGUUUCUUUGUUGACUAUCGAUGAAGGUAUCUUCGAAGUGAAAGCCACUGCUGGUGACACUCACUUGGGUGGUGAAGAUUUCGACAACAGAUUGGUCAACCACUUGGCCAACGAAUUCAAGAGAAAGAACAAGAAGGAUCUGAUGGGUAACCAGAGAUCUUUGAGAAGAUUGAGAACCGCAGCUGAAAGAGCCAAGAGGGCUUUGUCCUCUGCAACUCAAACUUCUGUGGAAAUCGAUUCCUUGUACGAAGGUAUCGACUUCUACACUUCUGUGACCAGAGCUAGAUUUGAAGAAUUAUGUGCCGACAUGUUCAGAUCUACUAUGGAUCCAGUCGAAAAGGUUUUGACGGAUGCAAAGGUUGACAAGUCUCAAGUCCACGAGAUUGUUCUUGUUGGUGGUUCUACUAGAAUUCCAAGAAUCCAAAAAUUGAUCACUGGAUUCUUCAACGGUAAGGAACCAAGCAAGUCUAUCAACCCAGAUGAAGCCGUUGCUUACGGUGCUGCUGUCCAAGCUGCUAUCUUGACUGGUGACGAAUCUUCCAAGACUCAAGACUUGUUGCUAUUGGAUGUUGCACCAUUGUCAUUGGGUAUUGAGACCGCUGGUGGUAUCAUGACUAAGUUGAUUCCUAGAAACUCUACUAUUCCAACAAAGAAGUCUGAAACCUUCUCUACAUACUCUGAUAACCAACCAGGUGUGUUGAUUCAAGUGUAUGAGGGUGAAAGAACAAAGACUAAAGACAACAACUUGUUGGGUAAAUUCGAGUUGACUGGUAUUCCUCCUGCACCAAGAGGUGUUCCACAAAUCGAAGUUACCUUCGAUGUGGACGCUAACGGUAUCUUGAACGUUUCUGCCAAUGAAAAGGGUACUGGUAAGACUAACAAGAUCACCAUCACUAACGAUAAGGGUAGAUUAUCCAAGGAAGAUAUCGAAAGGAUGGUGUCUGAAGCUGAAAAAUACAAGGCAGAUGAUGAGAAGGAAGCAAACCGUGUUCAAGCAAAGAACCAACUAGAAUCGUAUGCCUUCAGUUUAAGAGGCUCUGCUAGCGAAGCCAACUUCAAAGAAAAGGUUGGUGCUGAGGAAGCUUCCAAGGUUGAGAAUGCUGCUAAAGAGACCAUCGACUGGCUCGACUCCUCCCAAUCAGCAUCUCAAGAUGAGUACGAAGACAAGCAAAAGGAAUUGGAAGGUAUUGCCAACCCAAUUAUGUCCAAGUUCUAUGGUGCAGGUGGUGCUCCUGGUGGCGCUGAAGCUCCAGGCGGCGGUGCUGCUCCAGGCGGUGAUGCUGGUGCCGGUGGUGAAGGUCCAACCGUCGAGGAAGUCGAUUAG